AUGUCAGUCACUGUAAGUGCCUUGGAAGGAAAAGAUUGCAAAGAGUCUGUCAAACUGAUUGCAGAAAGCUCUAAUCUCUCCGAAGAACAGCUUGCUUUCCUCAUUUCUGGCAUGUACACCCUUCUCCGAGAAGCUUUAAGACUCCCCUUAUCAACUUUGAAGCAAGAAGUUUUUAAAGAAGACCUGAAGGAGCUCAGGAUACCAGAAGAUUUCAUCAUGGACUUUUCCAGUGUAGUUUUUGGUAACAGACGUCCUGUUUCUGAAGGCACAUCUCUGACACAAAGAAGUAGGCUGCCGAGUGUCCAGGACUUUAAGUGGAGAGUGGAUGUGGCUAUAUCCACAAGUUCAUUGGCCCGUGCACUUCAGCCAUCCAUUUUAAUGCUGAUGAAGCUUUCAGAUGGGACAGCUCAUCGCUUUGAAGUGCCUGUUGCAAAGUUUCAAGAACUGAGAUACAAUGUUGCUCUUAUACUGAAGGAAAUGAAUGAUUUGGAAAAAAGAAGCAUACUGAAGAUCCAGGACUGAAACAUUUCCAAAUUGGGAGCUUGCAGAUUUGAAAUCCUCAGCAAGGUUUGUGAAUGGCAAAACAAA